CUCUUUCUCUCUCUAGCCCCUCAAGUGUCAUUUUCUAACAUAUACUUCACACAAGUCAUCCAACCAUUCACUUCGUACCUUGUCAAUUUCUCCUCUCUCUCCCUCUCAAUCGCCCUCAUCUCUAAUCUCUCUGCAACUGCUCUUCAAAUUGAUCAAAACCCCCCAUUUGAACUCCCCACGAGGAAUUGAACUCUCCCAAAAUCUUCAUCGUGUUCCAAUCCAAUAACCAUACUCACGAGUUCGCAUCUUUCUCAUCCUAGAGCACCACAACAGCCGAGAGGAGAGACUCCGGGCACGUUUUGGUCACAUGAGGAUGGAGCUCUUCCCGGCACAGCCUGACUUAUCGCUGCAGAUAAGCCCUCCCAACAGCAAACCCACCUCGGCAUGGAGGAGAUCAACAGAUCAAGAAGAGGCCAACUUGAGCUUCUGGAAGAAGGCCUUGGACUCUAGAAGCUCCCUCUCCUCCAUGUCGAAACCCGACACUCGCCCCGAACUCUCUCCGUCGUCGACCACCCUGUUCACUGGGUCCGGACCCGACACUCAUCCUCUCCUCCAGAAACGAGGCAGCAACAGCCUCGUCCAUCGUUUUCAAGAAAAGAACCACAGAACUGUUUAUCAGCAGCAUCUGCAACAUAAUCCGCUUGGCCAAGAGGUCGAAACGUUGAGACCCAUCAGAGGAAUCCCGCUAUACCAAAACACUUCUUUUCCAUUUUCUCAUCAUCAACAGCAACAGCCUCUUGAAGUUAUUGCCAAUUCUUCACUCUCUUCCCUGGCUAAUAACGCUGCCAUGAGCCGUUCGAGUUCUAAUAGAUUCCACUCUCACGGCUUGAUGCGGUCGAGGCUCGCGUCGAGGUUCCCCGGGCCCAAACGCAGCACAAGGGCUCCUCGGAUGCGGUGGACCACCACGCUUCAUGCCCGGUUCGUCCACGCCGUCGAGCUGUUAGGCGGCCAUGAAAGAGCAACACCAAAGUCGGUUCUUGAGUUAAUGGAUGUGAAAGAUCUCACCUUGGCGCAUGUGAAAUCUCAUUUACAGAUGUAUAGAACCGUGAAGACAACCGAUAAGACAGCUGCUUCUUCAGGACAAUCUGAAGUGCUUGAUAAUGCAUCAUCUGGAGAUACCUCGGAAGAUUUGGUGUUCGAGAUUGGCAACUCAAGAGGGCCUGAGACAUCGAUUCAACAAGGAGAACUCAAUAAUCAAGAAAAGGAUUACUAUGCCCUAAAGUGGAGCAAAUCAGCAAGGGAAGCCUGGAAGCAAGGGAAAUUACCAGAGGAUGAUUUCAUAGGAAAUUGCGCAACAUACGUUGAGGAAGAUCGUAAUGCAAAGUGUCCAAGCAACGAAAGAAUAUCAGAUGUGAACUCACCGAAUCUUUCGGGGACAAGCAAUAACAUGAAGCCCAAUCUGGAGUUCACAUUGGGAAGAUCAUCUUCACAUUGAUUGCUUUUAUUUUAUUUUAUUGUUUUUUCUCUCUCCUGUGCGCUACUCAUUUUGAAAUCAUUAUACCUCUUAAGGGUACUGCUCUGUGUAGAGAACCAGGUGCCGGCUCAGAAAAUCAGAGUGAAAAAGAAAGGAGAGAGAGGGAGAGAGAAAGAGAAGAAAAGUGAAAAGGAGAGAAAGGAAAAGAGAAAAAAAGUGAGGUGAAAAAGAGAGGGAAGGAGACAAACAAUGACAGAAAGCAGAAGAAAAGCAAGAAACGAUGGGGAAAAGCAAGUCCUGCCUUUCUAAUUCAUCUAGUAUGAAACCCUCCUGUGGGAGCAUCCAAAUCAAAGGCAUCAUAUUCCUACGUAGAUAUGAAACCUAAUUGGUUUAGUUUGUCUCCCACUAAGAGAGAGAGAGAGAGAGAGAGAGAGAGAGAGAGAGAUCUAACCAUCAAUAAUGAUGAGCAUAGAAAGAUCCUUUGUGGUAAUUGUAGUAUGUCUUGAUGGACCGUUGUCACACAUGCUUGGAAAAACUUUCCCGGCUAAACUUUUUUACCGUGGAUCAAGCAGUCUAAGCUAUUUGACCCAUGUGGUGCCCACAUUUCUGGUAUCAUUCGAUUCAUAGUGAAAUGAUAUAUUUUCUGUGUUUGUGAAUGAAA